GCCACUCUUUCUUCAUGCAUACAGCUUCUUCACAUUAUUAUAUUCACACCUGAUCUCCAUUCGUUGUUCAUCUGAGGAUUGAGACUAAAUCAGGAUGUUGACCACUGCAGCUCUUAUUCUCAUUGUCACCAGUAAAGUUGUCCUAGGACAGGAUGACAGACGGCCUGUUAAAGAACAGAUAUAUCCAUUGGAUAUGGCAGAGAAUUCAGUUGAUGACCGGUAUGAUGGCUGUGCAGCCAACAUGAACAACUUGGUGGAGAAUGAAAACUAUCUAAACAAAGAAAGGAAAGCUAACAUAGCAUUUCGAGACGCUUGGAGUAAAAGUGAAAAUAAAACCAAGGGAAAACCACUAGAAACUUUAACUAGAAAGCAUUUAAUUGCCAUUUAUGUGUAUACUGGUGUUAUAGGAGGCCUACAUAAAGAUUUCAAUCAGGAUGUUAGGACCGGUAGAGAGAAAUACCAAAACAAGACAUUCUCAUGGUAUACACUUUACUUUUGGUUGACACGAGCGAUACAGACUCUUAAACAAACCCAAAAUGGAUGCAUAUCAACUUACCGUCGUACCAGUGUUAAAUUUAAUGGUGUCAAUAACACAGAGAUUCGCUUUGGCUCAUUUGCGUCCUCCUCUCUUGAUCGUUAUGUAGGAGUGGACUUUGGAACUGAAUCUUGUUUUGAAAUUGAGACUUGUUACGGUGCUAAUGUGACAGACUACUCCUGGUACCGUAGUCAAAAAGAGGUGCUGAUUCCCCCAUAUGAGAAAUUUAAAAUCACUAAUAUCAGGAAAGGUAAGAAGGUUGAAAGGUGUAACACUGUGUUUGUGUUGAAAAGCACUGGUAUAAAAAGUAACCUAAACUGUAAAUUGUGCAAGAAAAUUAAAUAGCAAAUGUCAUUAUCUCUGAAUGAUCAGCAUUUACAUAUUAUCAUUUUUCGUUGAUAUAUUAUGCAAGCUUUCAGGAUUGCAGCUUAAAUGACCCAAAUGAGAUUAAUUUUUUUUUUUAAUCAAAAGCAGAAUUAAAUGCAGCUUAACA